AUGAUAGAAUCAGCAAAAAAUGAAUUUACACAAUUAUCAGGUUUAAAUCAAGUUCAAAGAAAUUCCGACCAAAAAGAAGUCUGUGUUGACAAUGUUAUCAAUGACCAUAAUAUCCACUGUUUUAGUUGCAACAAUGAUGAAGAUUUAGAACCUGAAACCACUGUUAUAACAUCGGCGUUUACGGUUGUUCCUGAUGAACCAGAAGAUUUUCCAAUCCCAACUAUCAAAAAACAAACACAUAAAAAGGCACAAAAUCUUUCUGCUGCCGAGUUUGAUGAUGGACUAUUUAGAAAAACAAGUUUAUUACCAGCAACUACUUGGCCUUGGUAUAAAUUAAUAUCGGCUAUUAAAUUGUUUACUUUCCCACCCGGUGUAAAUCGAUUUAAUAGAAAGCGUUUUUCGGAAUGUAUAGAUGUGUUGUUUGAUUAUUACUUGCAUUCGAAAUAUUGUACAAAGUAUGAAAGAGACGCGUUUGAAUUGUUCCAAAAAAGAAUUGUAGCAUUUGAGAUCACUUGUAUAAAUAUUGAAGCUAGGUUAUCCGAGUCACAAGUUAAUGCAGUUAGUGAUGAUUUAUUUGUCUUUCUUAAAGUUUACAAUCCAAGUCUGUUAGACAAAAUCAAUUACCUCGGCAUCAGUAGCCGUAAUUCAUUCAGAGUAGCAACAGAUUUUAAUGUGUUGGCAAAAUCCGCAUUUCUAUGUGAAAUCAUAGACUGCGACUGUAUGGCUUUAUCGGGUGAUAGCUCGAGCAAAAAUGACGAAGAAAAAAUAUGUGAUAUUAGUAAGAAUGUGUAA